UGUAGGAGGCGAGACCUGGUGGACUGGGGCCCGGAAAACCCCGCUGAAGACGAUAGAAACAGGCCUUCCAGUUGGAAACCUCUGAGGACGAUUGCUGACCCCGCUGACCCUGCUGACCCUGGGCCGCGGACGGCCGUUCUCAGCCAAGGGCCCUGCACUCGCUCCUGAGCUGUGGCCAUGGGCCUGCUCGCCUUCCUGAAGACCCAGUUCGUCGUGCACCUCCUCAUCGGCUUCGUCUUCGUGGUGAGCGGGCUGAUCAUCAACUCCGUCCAGCUCUGCACUCUGGUCCUCUGGCCCGUGAACAAGCAGCUGUACCGCCGGCUCAACUGCCGCCUGGCCUACUCGCUCUGGAGCCAGCUGGUCAUGCUUCUGGAGUGGUGGUCGUGCACGGAGUGCACCCUGUUCGCCGACCGGGCCGCCGUGGAGCGCUUCGGGAAGGAGCACGCGGUCAUCAUCCUCAAUCACAACUUCGAAAUCGACUUCCUCUGCGGGUGGACCAUGUGCGAGCGCUUUGGCGUGCUGGGGAGUUCCAAAGUCCUGGCCAAAAGGGAGCUGCUUUACGUGCCCCUCAUCGGCUGGACGUGGUACUUCCUGGAGAUCGUGUUCUGCAAACGGAAAUGGGAGGAAGACCGGGAUGCCGUCAUCAAAGGGCUGAGGCGCCUGGCUGGCUACCCCGAAUACGUGUGGUUUCUCCUGUACUGUGAGGGCACGCGCUUCACGGAGAAGAAGCACCGGGUCAGCAUGGAGGUGGCCGCCUCCAAGGGGCUGCCCGUCCUCAAGUACCACCUGCUGCCUCGGACCAAGGGCUUCACCACCGCGGUCCAGUGCCUCCGUGGGACAGUCGCAGCUGUCUACGACGUCACACUGAACUUCCGAGGAAACAAGAACCCGUCUUUGCUGGGGAUCCUCUACGGGAAGAAGUACGAGGCGGACAUGUGUGUGAGGAGAUUUCCUCUGGAAGAGAUCCCGCUGGAUGAAAAGGAAGCGGCUCAGUGGCUUCAUAAACUGUACCAGGAGAAGGAUGCGCUGCAGGAGAUGUAUAACCGGGAAGGCGUGUUUCCGGGGCAGCAGUUCAAACCCGCCCGGCGGCCGUGGACACUCCUGAACUUCCUCUUCUGGGCCACACUUCUCCUGUCUCCUCUCUUCAGUUUUGUCUUAGGCGUCUUUGCCAGUGGAUCUCCCCUCCUGAUCCUGGCGUUCCUGGGGUUUGUCGGGGCAGCUUCCUUUGGAGUCCGCCGGCUAAUAGGAGUGACUGAAAUAGAGAAAGGCUCCAGCUAUGGAAACCAAGAAUUGAAGAAAAAGGAAUAAUUCACGGCUGUGAUUGAACACACGUAACCCUGACGGUGGUAGCCACUUAACUCAGUUAAAAACAGAACAACACACACAGAGCGGGGGGUGGGGAAAAAGACACUUAGAAACUAUUUUUCUUAUUAACUGGUGACUAAUAUUGACCAAUAAAACUUGAGCCAAGAGCAAAGCAGUCGGAAGGCCCGCAGAUGGAGACAGACGCCAGCCUCGCACCUGCGCGUCCGCUGCCGGCGAGCGGCCCCGGGGACCCGCUCGCGGGACAGCGGGUCUCACCCCCGCCAUGUGUCUAGGGCUCUGCCUGACAGGGGGCCUUUGGACGCUUUCUCUUCUCACACUUAGAUCCAGUUUUGGGGUUUUAUCCGUUAUCUCGGGAGUUUCCCGCUGCCCCUCGCCUCCUCCCCGGUUCUCCCUGCAAACUCUCUUCCCCCGUCGACCCGGGGACGGUGUGCGUGGGUCCCGGGGUCCCCAGAGCACCCGCCGGGCCCCACCUGCUGGCCCCCCGAUUCCAGGCGAUGGGGGCGGGGCCUGGGGCGGCCCCUCGGCGAUAAGCACACUGGGCGGGGCUGGCGGCGGGACGCGCCCCCUGGUCGUUUCCGGAGCGUCCUGCGCUUCCCACCUGGGCCUGCCUGACGCACCUUAAGUCGGUUUUAAAGCGAGUGGAGCCCGAGAACGCGGCGAGACGUCGAGUCCUUCCCGUGCCUGGAGCUCGGCUCCUCUGUCCCCCGCGGUCGCCCCGCCGGGUGCGGGGGUGCAGGGCGGCCCCCUCCCCAGCCGGCCGGAGCCGGAGGCGCUGUGUGCCGGGGAGACCUCCGCCCGCAGGACUGUUGGAUUUUUGAAAGGGCGGUGUCACCAUCACCCUGUCUUCUAAAGGAGACUGUUAACACGGAGCUUUUAGAGAUGUUAUUUUCACAGUUGAUCUGUUGAUGGCUCCCAACUCCCUGAUGGCAACUAGAGGUGGUGAGCCUUGCCCUCCUCCGCCACCCCCUCCCGAGCAGACACACUCGUCCCGGGGGAGGGUGACCGGAGCGCCCUGACCUCGUCCCCUCCGGCCUGCUGCCCAAGUGGGAGCCGGUUCUUCCGCAGAGGGAGGUAUCUCGUGCGCGCUUGGCCGCUGGCCUGGCCGGGCUGGAAGUCGCGCGCUGCUGGGCAGGGUGCGGGGACUGGGACGCCGUCCCCGCUCCCGCCGGAGCCCCGCACUCCGCCAGGCCGGUCCACCGUCACCCUGCCUGCAUCGGACUGUCGUCUUAAACGUUCAACUUGGUUUUUUAAGUCACAUUCCCCUCAUCUUUUUUAGCAAGGGAAAGAAAAAGAAUGGGUGUUAUCCCCGAUAGUACUGUAACCAGCGUUCAGAAUAGAGGCAGGUUGAAUUUUCUAGGGGAAAAAAACGGAAGAAAGAGGCAUGGAAAACAUUAUAAACUAAACUGGAAAAAUGCAUUGGCCCUAAGUAUGCAUUCUGGGGAGACCCAUGGAAACAGCGUAUACCCUUCGUGAUGACGCUACUGAACUGUGCAUGGUAACCUUGGUGAAGGGACCAGGGUCACAGGGAAGCGAAUCCCAGCUCUGGGCUUGCUCGUGGGUGGUGGUGAAUGCACACAAGUCCUCACGAGGUUGAAAGACAGCUUGGAAGUGCUUUCGCAGAAGAGAGCUUCCCUCUGCCACAAAGCACGUCUCCCCCGCUUCCCUGGAGCCAGACCGAGCAGGGGGCUGCUUCCGCUGCGGUGAGCUGGCUACCUUAGAUCUUAUUUUUCUUCACACAGUAUGCUGCUCAUCUGUCUCUGUGUGUUUAUGUCAUUUGCUAAUUCACUAAUCCCUAACACUCUUAAAGGAAAAAGUUGAAGGGUACUACUGUGAAGAUAUAUUACCUGGAAAAUGCAAAUUUAGAUCUUUUACCGUUUAAUUAAUAGUUCUUGCUUCUCAGCUAAGUUCCCUCCCCUCGAGAUUAAUACGCAAUGUGUAAAUUCUAUACUGAGUCAGUGAUGAGCUGUGAAGACUCCUAGAUGAAUGGAGAUUGAGACCUCGUGUAGCUUUUAAGUCUCAGUGACUCCCUUCUGAUUAACACAGAUUAGCUUGUGCAUUUGAAUACCAAGCCCUCUGAGAGCAAUAAAAACUACACCCUGAACGUUUGGGUUAUUUUUUUUUUGGAGGGGUGGAUUUUGCUUUUCAUGCACUUCAGAAGGGAAGGGGGAGGCUCCUUUCAUUUUUUUAAAUUAAUAAAUCUCAGAACAGUGUUUUUCUUAUUUCUUUUCCUUUACCCCCUUUUGUUUCUGAUGUUACCACUGUCCAAAUGCAGGCUGAGUGUUGGGACGGUCCUGCUUGUCAUAGUCGGGGAGGGUGUGCUCUAGAUUGAAGUCGUUGGCGGCCUACACGCUAGGCCCUGGGUUGGGCGGCGCAAGGAAUUUCUGUGGUGUUUGCUGACCUCUCUGCAGGGGAGGGGUCUGCUGACCUCUCUGCAGGGGCAGCUUUGUGGCCUGUGGCAGCCUCCAGGGCCAGCCCCCCUCCCACUGGAGAUCUACAAAGGGCGGGGCCCCAGGCCUUGGGCCCCUCCCACGAGUGCCCAACAGGCUGAGCUCUGAGCCGGGGGGCUGCUGGCCAGUGUGUUCCUCAGCUCAGGUCCCGGUGCCGUGUCUUUUGUCACCUGCACACAUAUCCUGGUGCAGCCUGGCGAGUAGGGUUUGGCUUCCGGGCCCUCCCCGUGUGUCCAGCGGUGCCCUCUGGGAAGUCCCAGGGGGCUUCUAGGGUGCCUGCGGCAUUUCAUGGUGACCUUGUGACAGCUACCAGCACCUGGGGACUUUCUGGCCCCUCUCGGGGUCUUUGUGGCAGCACUGAGCAGAGAUGGCCUCACUCCUGCCGGUGAGCAGACGCCGGGGAAAGGCCUGCCUGGUCGGGGAGGCCGCUGGCAAGAGUUUUAACGCCAGAGAAAGAAGCGGCGCCGGUCAUCCGGUCUUUGGUGGCGGCGUACGGGAUGCAUGGCCCUGCCUGUCCACAGCCCCUGCCUGAGAAGCACAGAGUCAGGCUGAGGAGUGGUCUCUAUACAAACCACUCAGUCAUGACACGAAUCAGCGACGUGAACAGAACUUUCUUGCAAAGGCGACGCAGGCGUGAUCGCCAGUCAGCUUGGACUCUCCACCCCGUUUGCCCCGUCACCCCAGUGUGCGCUUUGUCACACUAGUUACUGGGCACCGAAAUCGAUCUGGGGAGAAAGCGGUGCUUGCAGUCACGGGCAGGUCAAGAGCUGUCUCCAAGCUGUCCACACCCAUGGGACCCCCCAUUUGUGUCAGAUUUGGGGUGAAGAAUAAGUAUCUCUCUGCAUGUUGCUUUGUCUCUGCCCAAGACACCUAUAGACAAGCCAAAUAGAAUCUUCUCAGCCCAACUGAUUUUCAGCUGAAUUGUCCGACCCUGUGUGUGAACUCGUGCUGCAAAUUUCUCACCCACAGCUGCAUGCAGCCCCGGCAUGCGACACAGCGGGCAGUGGCGCCACGUGGCUUUCAACCCUCUGCAGUGUAACCGGGCUUAGGGUUAAAACCAUGGGCCUGACGUGCCUACCUGCCUUCCGUCUGGAGACAGCAUGUCCCCGGCCCACGUGUCUGCCCCUCUCUCUAGCAAGUUAGCUCCCAAAGCAAAGGCAAGCCUCUCCCCAGCACCUGGGCGUGGCCCGUGGCCCCGGCCGCGGCCCUGACUUGGUCCCACGAGGCGAGUGGUGCCGCCGGGUGUGUGCAGAUGUUCAUGCGGGUUCUGCACCCUCACAUGUCAGGGCCAGGACACAAAAAUGCAGGGACGUUUUUUGGGUAGGAGAUGUCACACUGCACUCUGCUUGGUGGAAGGGGUGGACACACGUGAAUUAAGUUCACCGCAAGCGUCAGCCACCAGCUGACUCAGUGGCAGUGGUGGCGAUUCCCACAAAACGCUCGGGAAAUCAGAGCACUUCAGGGAGCCCAGGAAAUCACAGGGUGGCUGACACCAGUCCGCCUGGCAGCGGCCGCAUAUUCUUUUCAAAGACAAUUGAAUCGCUUUAAAGUUUUAAGCUUUGUGAUGACAAGUUCACUUGGAGUUUUCUUUUCCCAUAAACUUUUCAGUUUCUUAACUUUUUGUUGCAAAAGUAUUUUGGACAGAAGUUGAACUGUGAAUGAGAUGCUGAAAUGCACUAACUUGUAUUAAACUGGAGUUACUUGAUACCAUGAAGAAAUGCAUCUGAUCUACUUGUAUUUAUUGUCUCAGAAUUGUAUGUGGUGACAAUCAAAUGAUACUUGCCUAAACGCCAGGAAAUUCAACUGGCUUCUUAAUCAUAAGGGUCGUCAGCCAGUACUGUAGCUGUAAAUGAAAAUAUCUCUCUUUGGAAGAUCACACAAACCAUCGACUCAAAUGUGUGGGACAGAUGUCGGGGUUCUUUUUCUAUUAUCGAUCCUCUGCCGCACCUGACCGUUGGCCAGCUUCAAAGGGUGAUAAAUUGUAUACAGGGUGCAAAUGUAUU